CUUUCUCAACCACACAUUCCUGAUCUCCAAGCUGACUUCUCGGUGAAUAUCUCAAGGAGAGGCAGCGGAGAGAUUGAACACCUAGAGCUGGUGGAGACAUGGGAAACGAUGGAAUCCCUCCAAUGAUGGGUGGGUGCGGAGAGAACAGCUACUUCCGCAAUUCCACUCACCAGAGGCAAAUGUAUGAGGGCAUAAAGGAGUUUGUAAGGAAUGCGGUCCAAGCAAACUUUGACAUUUCUCCCAGAGACAGUAAAGUAAUCCGGAUUGCAGAUUUGGGCUGCUCUGUGGGUCCUAACACAUUUUAUGCUGUUCAAUCCAUCAUUGAUGCAAUGUGUUCCACUCCGAGUAUUUCCCAGUUAGCUCCAGCUGUUCCAGAGUUCCAAGUCUUCUUCAAUGAUCAGAUCGGUAAUGAUUUCAAUAUGUUAUUCAACUCGCUGCGACUUCUGGAAUGUCGAUACUUCGUGGCAGGAGUUCCGGGAUCAUUUUAUGAACGAAUAUUUCCUACCGCAUCAAUCCACUUUUUCAAUUCAGCGGUGGCACUACACUGGCUUUCCAAGGCACCAGUUGGAGCGAGUAACAAGGGAAGGAUCCACUAUUAUGGAGGUGGGCCUUCGGUCCAAGCAGCUUACAUGAACCAAUUUCAGGCUGACAUGAGAGCAUUUUUGGAAUCCAGAGCUAAGGAACUUGUAGAAGGAGGACUUCUUUCCCUUCUGUUUGUAUGUCGGCAAGAAAAUAUGGAGCCAAAUCAGUCUACCGAUCAUUUUUUUACUCAAACUUUGGAGCCCAUAUUGAAGGAGCUUAUACUUGAGGGCAAGAUGAAGGAGGAAGAGUUGGAUUCUUUUCAGAUGCCCAUGUACGUGCCUACAAUUGAAGAGUUUCAGGAAGUGGUGGAAAUGAACGGUGAUUUCACAAUCCGUGUAGCUAAAGAGAUUGUUGAUCAAGGGAUGAUAUUAGAAAGUGGAGAGAACAUUAAUGUUGAUUUUGAAGUCUAUCUUCAACAAUUAUCUAGAUCUGCUAGUUCUGCCUCAAAAUCUGUACUUGGAGAGCUGCUAAGGAGCUACUUUGGUGAGGAGAUCCUAGAAGAAAUAUUUGAAAGAUUUCCUCAACAAGUAUUCCAAUAUUACCGCGCUCUUGGUUGCAAGCCUUCAAUUCCCUAUGGCUUCUUCAUUUUGCAACUAAAACCACGCAGCAUGAUCACUUAAAGCAUAAAUCCUCUUUCAAUUAGUCAACGUCAAAUAGUUAAUGGGUUAUAGAUGAAUAUUGUCAAGCCCAAGUAUAAUGUGGGCACGUUAUCAAAAUGUUAUGUUUGAAUAAGUGUCUUGCAAGUAUUGAAAUGGUCAAGUGUUGAAAUGUCUCAAUACCUCACUUAACCUCAAUAAAUCCAAUAGUGUCGGUUGGAACAUUAUGUGAUUAUUUGAUGUUAAUAAACAUUAUAUGAUGAAGUGCA